AACGCAGUUUGUGGCUGCAGGCGGCUGUCGCAGCUCGACUGAGCGCUUUUCUGCUCUAGGAGGGGACGCAUAUAUAGAAAAAAGGAACUACAUCCAUCACCUGCCAUGUCAUCUGUGAAGCUUGAGAGUCCAGGUACAGAUGAGGCAAAAAAUGUCUGCAAUGGCAAGACAACCAUGGUACUGAAGAGACUGGAGACAAUUGCUCCUCUGGUCCGUUCUGUAGAAGAGACCCCUGAGCCAGUAGCUACCAAAGUACAGGGAACCAUUCCCUCCUGGAUCAAUGGCAAACUCCUCCGCAACGGCCCAGGGAAGUUUGAGUUUGGAAACACACACUAUAACCAUUGGUUUGAUGGGAUGGCCAUGCUGCACCAGUUCAAGAUCGAGAAAGGCCAGGUGACGUACAUGAGUCGCUUCCUGCAGAGUGAUGCCUUCAAAAAGAACAGCCAACGGGAUCGGAUCAUGAUGUCUGAAUUUGGCACCCUCGCCAUGCCCGACCCUUGUAAAAACCUCUUCCAGCGAUUCCUCUCUCGCUUUGAGAAGUUUGAACCCACAGACAAUGCAAGUGUGAGCUUUGUGAAAUACAAAGGCGACUACUAUGUCAGCACAGAGACAAAUUUCAUGCACAAAGUGAACCCAGAGACCCUCGAAACUUUAGAGAAGGUGGACUGGAGUAAGUUCAUUGCAGUAAAUGGAGCCACUGCUCAUCCCCACUAUGAUCCAGAUGGUACCACCUACAACAUGGGCAACUCCUAUGAAAGAAAAGGAGUUCUAUACAAUAUCGUCAGAGUACCUCCCGAGAAGACAGACAGCAAAGACACUCUGCAAGGAGCCAAAAUCCUCUGUUCUAUUGUGCCUACAAACAAGUCCCAUCCCUCCUACUACCACAGCUUUGCCAUGUCUGAGAACUACGUGGUGUUCAUCGAGCAGCCAGUUAAGAUGGACCUGCUGAAGAUAGUCACAUGCAAACUAAGAGGAAAGGCUCUGAGCGAAGGCAUCUACUAUCCCAAGCAAGACACAGUCUUCCAUCUUGUUGACAAGCGUACAGGCGAGGUCAGCUCAGUAAAAGUACCACCACAAAGCCUUUUCCACCUUCCACCAAAAAUCAACGCCUUUGAGGAGGAUGGAUUCUUGAUGCUUGAUAUGUGCUGCUCUGAUGACGGCCAAGCCAUCAACAACUACCCAACAUCCAGAACUUGCGUAAAAUCAGGAGACGCACUAGAUGAGGUGUACAACACCUUGUCACGGGUUUUCCCUCCGUUUGUUCUGCCACUGCAUGUUCUAAUGAAAACCCCGAAGGCCAGAACCUGAACACUCGACCCCUCCAGUAACGCAACGUGUGUCAAAAUCAGUGACAACGAGUUGUUUUGCCAGCACGAGGAUCUCCAUGGAGAUGACCUCCGUGAGUACGGUGGCCUGGAGUUCCCUCAUAUCAACUACGGUAGAUAUAACACACGCCCGUACCGUUAUUUCUACGGCUGUGGUUUCAGACAUCUGGUGGGAGACUCUCUGCUCAAGAUGGACCUGAAUGACAAGACGUUCAAGGUCUGGUACCAGAAAGGUUUCUACCCAUCAGAGCCCGUGUUUGUGCCGUCACCUGAUGCUGUGGAGGAAGAUGAUGGUGUCAUCCUCUCGGUGGUUCUCACACCGUCACAGGAUAAAGGGACGUUCCUCCUGAUUUUGGAUGCCAAGACAUUUGAAGAGCUGGGAAGAGCCUAUGUGCCUGUUAACAUGCCUUAUGGCUUCCAUGGUACCUUCAGUGCCUCUGUGUAAACCUGUUUUUGGAUCACGUCAUGAAUACUUAAUACGGCGUUAAGCAUUUAACCACUAUAUUCCUGAUGGUACUGCUGCUUUGUGUGCUUAAGGUGGAUGAUGUAUUCAGUUAUUCACUAGAGGUGGUAAUCACGACACCCCACGAUAUAUUAUCACAGUACUUCACUCAUGAUAAAAUAUUAUUGCGAUUGUUAAGCAUUUACGAUAUGCUCGAGCAUUCCCGUAACAUUUACUGUGAUUUAUCAGCUUUUUGCAACUGCAAAUUAUGUCCUGAAAGUGAAACUUUGUUAAUAUCUGUUUAUCUAAUCAGAUAAAGUUUUCUCACUCCA